AUGCAGAGUAUCCAAGAUUUGACACUGGACAAGCGACAAGACAGCCAAGGUCUUGCUGGUCAAUCAUUCAAUAAUGGCAACAACGGUUCUGAGAGUGAUGGAUAUUGCUCGUGUCCAGAAAUGAGAUGUUUAUUUUCUAUUGCGCUUGUACUUUUAUGGUUAGCGGUGAGCAUUGUUUACUUUGUAAUGUUUACUUCAGACAGAAUUGUUAUCCAGAGACACCACUCGUUUACUGUGAAUCAGUUUAAUAAUAAUAGUCGAAUGUUUAUUUGUCCAUGCUCCAAUGAAGAGAUUGCCUAUGACUCAUUUGUCAAAGUGGACAUUGAAGUUGAAUUUCCAGUUCUCAUUAAUCAAAUGGACAACUCGUCCACUCACAUGUGCAACGGUUCCAAGUUAAAUCAAGUCUCAUCCAAAGCAUGUAUUAGCUUUUUGAAAGGUUUUACUGAAGUUCUUGGUUCUUCAACCUUCUUCUCACCCUAUCUUGUCACUGAGAAAGAUAUUGAAGAACGAAUCCGACGUUUUGCACGAUUGACUUCCAACGAAAUCAUGAUGACCCUCUUAUUUGGUUCUGAAAUUGCCAGUGACGUUCUCGCACAACUACAAGGAGCGGAUACGCGAUACAAGAACCCAAGAUCCCUUCAAUCCAGUCUUGAAAAUCAAAGGAAAAAUCUUCAGACUUUUCAAAACACAACCAUGGAAUUAUUUAUUGCAACACUGCCAAAUGUCACCAUAGAUCAUGCCAAAUAUUUUAAGGAAUGUGACGCACUGUAUUGUGAUGAACGAAGGCAUUUAAAUGGAUAUGAAAUAAUGUUCAACGUUGUUGCCAAAGUGGGAGGAUGGAUGUCCAUUAGUAUGGUUACUGCAGGUGUGUUGUUGUCCAUUCUUAAUUGUGUGGCAAAAAGCUUUUAUAAGGACAAACCUGUCAGAGACAUAUUUUAA